AUAUGGCCCUGUGACGUCAGCGCCGUAACCGCGACGCCGUGUUAUUUUUGUCGGCAGAGAUCCUGAGCUCUUUCGAUGCAGGCUGGCUGCAUCCGAAACCGCGCAUUAGCGUGAUAAAUAGCACGUGAAAAUAGUAUUUGAGAUACUAUUCGUACGGCUCGAGGUGUCACACAGCUCCCGCCCCCGGACGGAAACGGGGGGUUCAACUCAACUCAUCCCUUUAAGAGCAACCAGAGACACAGUGGUGUGAGAGAGAAAAGGAGAGGAGGGGGAGAAGAAAGAGGAACUUAAAAAAGAAAAAGAAGAAAGGAGACAGGGAGGAGGGAGGGAGGAGAGAGAGUACUGCGAUUAAAAAAAAAAGAGAGGGGGGAGGAAAAAAAAAAAAGAUGUCAUCCUGCGAAGGGAAGCGCCGAGGUGGAGCGGUAGGCCGCGGCCGGGCUCCGGCACCACUUGCCCGGGUCACGGCGUGAACGCAACACCGAGGCUUCGAUCAAAACACCCGAUUGGCCUGUUCGGGGCGGGUGGGGGGAGCCAGGGGAGAGGGACUAAAAUAACACAGAUUUAUGAAUCGGUUCGUUUUUUUUUUUUUAAAUAAUAUAAACCUCUUUCAAAACACGUCAAUCCCAUAAUGUGUGCCGGUUAAAACAGGGUCUAAAACGAAUCAGAUCCUAAUGUGUUUUGAUGCAUGAUGAUGUGCUUGUAAGGUUGUAUAACAAUUUAUUGCUUUCGUUGGUCGAGUUGCUGAAUUGCGUGUUAAGUUUCCGAGGUUGAGCUCACAGUGCGGUUAGUUUACAUCUAAAUGAAGUGGUGUUAAUUAUCCAGUCUGAACUGGCUAAUGACAGAAAGAGCUUUUGUCCACAUUCACUGAGUUUAAUCCAUUACUCCGACUGUUCAGUGGAUCAGACGAUAGGGGAUUAUUAUUAUUAUUAUUAACGCAAUGCAGCUGGUAGGUUUCUUCUGUUAAAAUCUGAAAGUUUUAGUCUGUAGUUAUUUCUCUCUUACCUGAGGAACAACAUGGACACUGCAUGGAGCAGUUUUCUCUUCCAGACCACGCCCACCCAAACCCAUCUCGAGGGCUCUCUCCAAUCAGAACUCCUGCAGGUCCAUGCGAGCUCGCCUCAGAGUCCGCCCACCGAGCCCGUGGUCACGCCCCCGUCGACUGUUGACACCACCGCCCUCAGUGAGGACCCUGUACCUGAAAAGCCGUCAGUUCGUCCUGGCCGUGCUGCUCAUAUCUGUGCCAUCUGCAACAAGCAAUUCAAAAAUAGCUACAACCUGCGGCGACACCAGUCUGUCCACACAGGUGUGCGUCUAAAAGGAGGAUCCUCCCAGAACCGGGAAGGUGGCUCUAAAGAGGCCACUGAACCUCUGUCCCUCCUUCACCUCAGUAUAGUCCCACCCACUUCAGGGCUUCCCGCUCCGCAGCAGCCGCUGCUUACUCAUGACACCAGUGAUUCAGCCAUGACCAGCACAGUCACACCCCUUCCCCCACCUACAGCCAUAGUCAUGCCGACAGGGGAGCCAGUCCAGAGGCCGGUGAACCCAACCCCAAAUGCGAAUGUGGUGCGUAAGAACCAUGCGUGCGAGACUUGCGGGAAGGCCUUCAGGGACGUGUAUCACCUGAAUCGGCACCGGCUCUCGCACUCUGAUGAGAAGCCUUUCUCCUGCCCCGUGUGCCAGCAGCGCUUUAAGAGGAAAGACCGAAUGAGCCACCACGUGCGCUCUCAUCAGGGUGGCGUCGAGAAGCCCUAUGUGUGCCCACACUGUGCCAAGGCCUUUUCUCGCCCUGACCACCUCAACAGUCAUGUCAGACAAGUUCAUUCUACAGAACGACCUUUCAAAUGUCCGACGUGUGAAUCGAGUUUUGCCACAAAAGAUCGACUGCGGGCUCACAUGAUCCGGCAUGAGGAAAAGGUUCCAUGUCACAUCUGUGGCAAACUGCUCUCAGCCGCUUACAUUACUGAUCACAUGAGGGUGCACAACCAGUCACAGCAUCAUGCCUGCCACUUGUGUAACAGAAGUUUUACGACACUCACGUACCUGCGCAUACAUGCUCAGAAGCACCACGGACAGGAGUGGAAGGAAAGUGGCUUCGGUUCCAGCGGUUCUGUUCUAGUGUGUCAUUUGUGUGGCGUGCACUGCAAGACCCUCACACAGCUGCAGGGCCACAUGGGUACCCACAAUCCCCCAGGCAGCAGCAGUGGAGAGGGUGCACCUGAUGGCAGCGUGGCGCUGAGCAACAGCAGCAUGGCGCCGACACCCGCUGUCUUCGUCAGCUCCAACACCAUGGUGGACCUGCUGGUCACCGACUGUUCCUGCAUUGCACAGGAGCCACAGAGCUAGUACUGCAUGCCUGUAACAUACAUCUAUAUCCACCUUCACAUGCAAACACACACUGCUAGCAAACUGAACGUUUGUACAUAACUUUGCGAUGCAGAGAACAUGUUCAUAAGAAUGGUAUAUACCAGGACUAUUCAAUGAGCAGAUUUUAUUUUUUAAAUAAUCAAACUUGUUAAUUAUACUAUAAUAAAGUUGUUAAACUAUCUUUACAUUCUGAUAGCAAUCAGUACAGCUUUGCGAGAAUGUGUGACUGGGCUCUGGAACCUGCAGUGGAAAAUGAACAGGGUCUCCUUAUAUUAAGCAAUAGGAAACUUCUUUUCAAAGAGGUAAUCAUCUCUGCACAUACACAGGUAGGUCAUGUGUGUUUUGUGCUCAAUAUUAAAUGGGAAUUCUUAGGAUUGUAGAAGAGCCCUUGAGAUGUAUACAGUAUCUUACAGAAGUGAUUACAAAGAAGGCUGACGUUUGACCAGAAUUGGCUCCACUGUUGAUGGAUAGGAGAAAAUGAAGAGUGGAAAUGAAAGCGUUGGGGGAGAAGACUGGUCUGAACACGAGGGAAGAGUAAACAGUUGUGUCUUCCAGAGCUGGCGAGAUUUGGUAGAUUUGAAACUUUGUUGCUUGGUGGGAUUAUUAUAGUGUCAUUUUUGUGACUAAGUGACAUGGUUAACUGCUCAGAAAACAGCCCUCAGUGUUUAGCUUUUCGUGUCAUUUGCUUGGACGUCGCUUACAAAAGCACCAGUGUAGGUGCUGAUGAUCGAAGCAGACAAUUGCAAACUGGUUCUACAAAUUAUAUUUUUGAAUAUUCUAUCCACAUUCACUGGAUAUGAGCAAUUGCACGCUCUGAUUGGCUACUCUACUACUAGGUUAUCAGCUUGUAUACCGUGAGUAGAGGAAAAACAAAAUGGCAGAGCAUUUUACUCAACCUACUGAGGAUGAAAUAAAAACUACUCGAAAGCAAAACCCCCAAAAAUACAAAAAAGCAAUAAAAUAUGAAAUGAAAGUAUUUGAUAAGAACAUAUCCUUUUUUUAAAAAAGAAUUAUAGCAUUUUUUUCCCACAAAUUGCUACCGUCAUUUCGGCGGUCUGUUUCCAUUCUUCAUCUUUAAGCAUUAAAAUUUGUUGGAAUUUUUUUUUUUUUAGACUGGUUUAAAAGCUCAAAGAAGUUUGAAAAUUACAGAACUGAAAUGUCCAAGGAAGAAGAAUAAAUGUCUAAAGCUAUGCUAUACCUUGGCAUUACAGCAAGACGGCACUUUCUAUUAAAAAAACAACACUACUAAAGUCAAUUCAUGCAGCCAUCAAUAGGUUUUUAAAAAGUCCGCCUAAGCGGAAAUUAUUUUGUCAGACGUUUUUAUUCAUCGAAUUUGCAAAAAAUAAAGAAUGUUCUGUUUCUCAAAAGCCAGUGAAUGUGGAUGUAAUAGAACAACUAUUCCACUUAAUCUGGUUGUACGUGACUUCUAGCCUACUUGGCGCUACGCACCUUGUCGGCUAUUAGCUCAUGUAUGACUCGAUUUCAUGGAAUAACUGUUAAUUGCAUGCAUUGCUUUUAUCUGCUUGCAUGUGACAAAAGCACUCCUACUUUCCUCUUACUGGUCUUUGAAAGCAGGGUCUUUGGAUAGAGUAAGUCAAAUGGCAAAGUCUGGCCAAAGUUAGAGAAGCAAUCACUAAAUAUUGAACAGAUUGAGGGAACCUUCCUAGACGAGCUGAUCUCAUUGCUGAAAAGAUCAGUAGUAAUAAAUAGUAAAAAAAAAAAAAAUUUUUAAAGAGAUGAAUAGUGAAAAACAGUCCUGGAGGACUAAUAAAUAUUUUAGCCUAUGUUUGUCGUGUUAGAAAAGCAUAGCUCCUGUGCAGAUUUGCUUUCCAUCACAAUUUAAAAGAAAAAUGCGUUUGAUUGAUGUACAUUGAUAAAAUGAUGGAUCUAUUGUGUUUUAUGUACAUAAAGUAGUACUCUCAUUUACCAUUAGACUGUUGAUUUUGCAUUUCCCUACAUGAUGAAUAGCCCUGGUGUAUACACUCUGUCUCUCUCACACACACACACACAACAAUCCACAUUGUUGAACAAAUACUGUGAAAAGAGCUAUUACACAGCUAGCUGAGCGCAUGCAUGCGCACACACCCCAAUUACACAGCCACUGUAGCCUAUAAGAAAGGGAACUUGAUACGCAUGAACACUAUGUAUACCAGUCUCUGCAGCAUGAUAUAGAUCUUCAACGUAUUACUGCAACAUGAUCAGAGGUGCCUGUGAAAUCCAUGGUGGCUUCAGAGUGGCACGAAGGCAAUUAUACACUUAAUUUCAGUCCCAAGUACAUUUGCACUGGCUUGAUUUUUCUCCUUUUUGUUAAAAUCUGUUUCAUUCUUAUUGCUGCAGGAUACAACGAUACUGUGAUUGUGACUUUCUACUGUAUUUCAUAUUCUGCUCGCUCUGCCACACUUUUUCUACUCGCGCACACUAAACCAUGAAGAGAUGAAAAGGGGGCAAUAAGAAGAGGUCACGUAUGUGAAAUGAGAACAGAAGGAGUGAUGCAGGGAAAGUAAAGUGUGGAGCAGUUUGAUAGUUUUCUUGUCUUCUGAACUUCAGCGAUGGAGUACCUCAUGCUAAACUUUAAAGGCACCAUGUGUGUGGUAGAAAUGGACAACAGUGUGUAGAGUAUUAAUGGUUUGGUAAAACGUGUCAAAAAAACCAAGUCGUGUUCAGGAUCAUUGUGCACCUUAAGCUAACCAGGAUUGGUUUCCUUAGUGAAUUUGGUUAAUGAGUGAAGUUUUGGCUAAAAGAGUCUCGUUAUUUAAAUAAUAAAGGUGAACUCUUGGUUGACUCAGUUCAAUAAAACACUACAUCUUCAUGAUCCUCAAGCAAAUUAUAAAAUGCAUAAAGAGGAACAAACAGAUGCUUGAUUUUUUCCCCCCCUUUCUUACCACAAGCAAAAAAAAAAUGCUCAAACAAAAUGAAUGCAACUUACAGCUUCUAAGAGGACUAAGAAAAAUAAUGUUUUGGCCAUAAUGGUUAUUCAUGCCACAUUUUUCAUUGUGUGAAGCAAGUGUUUAAAGGAAGGGCUUAAAUGAACAACUGAAUUGAACAGCCAGAAAUGACUACAUAGUCCACCUGUUGAGAGUUAAAAAAAGCUAAAUGAAGAAAAACAAACAUUUCGUACUGGAGUGAUUAGUUUGAGCAGUUUAAUGUUGGUACUGUACAUUACAUGGUCAUUCACUAAUUUUUUUUUCUUUUUGUAAUUGGAUAUUUUGUUUGAUCAGUAAUUGUUUAAUGAACUCUGAAUCAUGUUUAGGUUAUCAUCAUCUAGCACUAAGCUGAAUACCUCUCCUAUAGGAAUCAGUAGAGUUCCGGCACUGCAUCUCAAUGCCUUAUUGUACCACUCUGCCCUGUUUUAAUUAAUAAGACUCUAAAGGUAUUUUAAAUUGUAGGCUUGGAUUCAGUACAAAAUAUUAAUGGGAUGUAUUUAUAUUUAUAUUUUUAUAUUUCUCAACAGUAUGCAUGCUUAUUAGCAAUUGUUAGAGCAAAAAAAAAAAAAAAUGUUGAUGCUUACCAUGAUCAUGAAUAUUAUGUCAUUAUUUUGUAGAUGAUGUAGAUCAUGUUAUUUUGUAAUUUUGACUAUUAAAAAGAAAGACAAGUAAUGAUA